CGGCGGAGUAAAAGGUCAGUUGUACGAGUACGCAAGACGGAAUGACAACAAUAUGGUGCUCGGCACGGUCCUUCUGUUGCUCCCGCUGAUCAGUGGCGGGUCCCCGGCCGGUAGCGGGGUUCGAGCGGACACGCACGAGGCCGGCGGCAGGGAUGGCACCGAGGUACGCGCCGUGACGGAGGCCUUGCAGCGCGCGGUACGGUUCUUCAGCGACUCCUACACGGAGACCAACUUGGACGGACUAUACGGGCUACGCGUAGCGGAAGGUCAGCUGAUCCUUCUGCUGGAGUCGUGCAGAGAUGACGAACAGCGGCUGGGAGUUUACGACACUGUUCUGGACGACUUGCGGCAAGUCCUGGAGGAGAUCUCGGACGCCGCAAACCGGACGCUACCGGAAAUAGACGCCAGGAAUCCUGGGUAUUACGAACAGUUUCUGGAGGUGGUGAACAAACCGUACAUUAUUGAGGCGUUUCCCAGGACUUUGGAAACAGACGGGUACGCACAGUACAACCCGUCUGUUAAAAAACGCCUGCCGACUUUUAACGAGGAAGAGAGCGACAAGUGCAUGUCCUACAUGAUGGGGAGUAAGAUCCGAGGGCACGACAAGAAAGAGGUCCGCUGCACCAUCACAGAGCGGUGCUGGAGAUUGAUAACCAUCCCGGACACGUCUGGUUACAUCAUCACGCACCAGCUGCUGUACACGGUACUGGCAGAACACGUCGGAUGCACAAACGAGUUAAAUGACUAUGCCCGACAGCAGGGUUUCCUGGAGGGCGUUCCCGGCAUGCAGCGCAGAUUGUGUACGUCCAUCUUGUCUCAGGCAGAACUCCUGGCAAGGCACGGUCCUCCGCAGCCGGAACAGGACCUCUUCAUGGAGCAAGCUGUGGUCUGUGGCAUGCUGGGAUACACAAACUUCCUGCGCCCUGAUUGGCUACAGAAGGUGAUGACGUGGCAGAGGCCGGGUGGUUGUUUCGGGAAGGAGGCGCCAGAGGAAGAUGACGAGCUAGUGGAACAGCUACACAGUCUGCCUUUUCACGCACACAGUCAUCAGGACAGCACACAACACAGGCCAAAGACGAGGUCUCCGACAAGUAGAAGGCUCCUAGUGGAAAGGCUAAUGCACGACGGUUGUCUGUCUCACAAGAGUGGACUGGGUACCGCACUGCUGGCCAUGUACGCACGCGUAAUGCUGGAUCCCGAGUACGGGUGGGAGGGGACAGAAGGUUGACGUCUGAACAAAGUAUAAUAAAA